AGUCAAAUAAAAGAAAAUGGAAAAACUGUUUGCCGCCGAACGGUAAAAUAAAUAAGAAAUCUUAUCAUAAUGGAAAAAUUGGGGUUGGGGUGUCUAUUCGGCGGCAAACCCCAGGAAUCGAGUAAGGGCCCAAGCUUCCUACAUCUGAACUACGAGUGCUACUUGGAGAUUUUUGCACACCUGAGUGCUCUGGAGGAUCGGCUAAAUCUGGGCCGCGCCCACCCGCUUUUUCGGGAUGUGCUAAGGGACGUUUUGCGAACGCGAUACGGAAAAAUCAAUGCGCGAAUACUGAAAACCAUUCCGGACUGGGAGUUCCUGCUGCGGCUGUGCGGAUCGGAAGUGUCCAGAUGUGAGGUGCCCCACGGCCGCUGGGAUGAGCCCUUCACCUACCCCUUCCUGGACCUGCUCGGGCGCCACUGCCCCAAUCUGCGGCAGGCGGUUAUCAUAUUCAUGCACGCGGUCACAGCGACGCCGCCGGAGAUUCCGGACAGGGGCCACAUCAUGCAGCUGCUCCUGGAGCUGCCCAGUCUGACCGAUCUCACUCUGAUAGAUGCCAGAUCUGCACAGCAAGAGCAGUUGCGGCAUUUUACCAAACUGGAGACCCUGGACUUGGAUGGCGUCGACCCGAACCUAAGUAACCUAGCCUUCCAGCAGAUGUUUGAAAACAAGGAGAGCGUGGUACGACUCCUGCUGAACUUCGGACGAGAUCGGAGACGAUCGCAUCAGGUGCCCCAGUUGGCGGAUAAGUUACCCAGCUUGGAGCACCUCACGCUGGAUAAUUUUGAUGUCAACUAUUCCGACCUGGGCGACUUCAAAGCCCUGCAAUCACUGCGCCUGAUCGCCCGUGGGGUGGCGGAAGUUAGCAAUGACUUCUAUAGAUCGAUAGCCAGACGCGCUGGUAGCCUCCAAAAGCUGCAGCUCUUGUCGGUUCGUGUGAGAGGCGACCAAGUGCAUCAUAUUCUGUCAUUCAGCCGACUGAGAGCUCUGGACUGCGACAAUUGGCCGGCUCAGUCGGUGGACCAGUUGGGUCAGUUGACGGAGCUCGAGUGCCUGGUCCUGGAUUGCAUUGACUCGCCUGCGAACGCAAGUCGUCAACUCUCAUCGUUGAUAACAAGCUGCCUCAAACUGAAUCACCUAAAACUGGGAAAGAGAUGGCAGAUGCCCAUCGCGGAUGCAAAUAGGUUUGUAGAAAAACUAUCAGCCAUACGAAGGGAUCCCAACAAAAAGCUUCUGCUUACCUUUGACUUCGUCAAGACAGCGGAUACUCAAAAAAAGUUGAAAAAUAUUUUAAUGGAUCUUGACCACUUGCGGGUGUCCUUUGAUGGAGCCACCUGUCAUCAUUGUCAGCCAGACACCCACUCCAAAUGCGAUACCAUCUUUGACUAGUCAUCGUCUCCAUUAAAAACUCACCUGACAGUGGGACUUUUCUAUGGCAACAGUCAGCCUAAGAGUCCAAUCGUUGUAGGCGAUUCCCUUUCCCUCAAGCUCAUCCCGUUUCCCUUUGUAGUCAUACACAUCUUUGUCUUCUGAAUGGUUUAACCAUCUCUGCGAGUCUAUCAUGAUUAAUGGUAGCGGUUCAACCGUAUCCAGACGAAAGUCGAAUGCAGGAUGCCACAAAAUACAAGUGACAUGAGAGUCCGUAAAGUAUUGCUGAGCUAAUUGUAAUUAUUAUAGUCUUUUAUAUUGUUCAAUUUAUCAAAACUUACCAAGAAAACUAAG